CUGACGUCAUGAAACUGUGACGUUUGAGCCACUUCCUGUUCUCAGUCCCAGCGUCCUGAUCACCGAGGUUUCUGUUGCUCUGAUAUCUGAUAUUGAUUAUAUUGGUAAACAGGCUGUAGCAGAACUAUCAGACUAACUCCACCCUGACAUCAAGAAGAUGGAGGAAGAGGAUGGAGCAGGAUCUGCAGCAUCCAGCUGUGUGUCUGUGAGGAGUGACCGGUCCAAAGAACAACCUCCAAACUUCAGUAAUGAACCUGCAGCAACAAUAGUGGAGCAGGAGAGAGCAGAGGUUUCCACUGGUCAGUCUGCACAGCAACAUCAAACACACCUGGACUCUGUGGUUAUGCGGCUGGAGGACAACAUCACCAUGUUUGUGAAGAACGAGCUGAAGAAGAUCCAGAAGCUUCUGAGUCCAGAUCACCCAGAAACUUUAAAGAGCCAGAUGGAGGAUGAGGAGAUGUUUGGAGGUGAGGAUGAAGAUGAAAGAAAGAGCUGCAGAGAAGCAUUUCUGAAGAUCACACUCCACUUCUUGAGGAGACUUAAGCAGCAUGAGAUGGCUGACCAUCUGCAGAGCAAAAUAUUUGCUCCACUCUGUAAACGUGAACUUAAAGCCCAACUGAAGAAGAAGUUCCAGUGUGUGUUUGAGGGCAUCGCUAAAGCAGGAAGCCCAACCCUCCUGAAUCAGAUCUACACAGAGCUCCACAUCACAGAGGGAGGGACUGCAGAGGUCAAUGAUGAACAAACAGACGGGAUGGUCAAGGCCAUGUUCAUCCUCCUGCAGGAGCACUGCACCAGCCCCCAAAGCACUGGCAUCUACCUCGAGCUUGAAGGGACGUGUAAAGUCCGGGGCAGCAAGUACAGGAGCACUGCAGAGGAGAGCCUUGGCAGCUUCAAACCACACGAAUGGUGA